AAAAGGAUAUCGGGUCGAAAUGUAGAACAGUAAAUAAAUUAACACUUAAGAGUCCUAGUUUAAAUCUAUAUAAUAAAGUACUUCAGUGCAGAUACAGAAAAACACUACGUACAGCACACCAAUCAGUUGGAUCUUAGCAUGGCACUUUCGGGACGUACAGCAUUCGUGGCGGGUGGAAGCGGCACAGUAGGGUCAGGUAUCGUGCGCAGCUUCCUGCAACAAGGGGCCAAGGUGGCCGUCAGCUCACGGGUCCUUGCAAAUCUGAAUGAUCUAAAAGCGAAAAUCGAACCUAAGCUGCAAAAGAAUCUCAUUCUAAUUGAGGCAAAUGCUGCCACAGAGGCAGGGGCACACAAGAUUCUCCAGCAGUUGGAGGGACAGGGCGGGGUGCAUCACGUGGUCUCCUCAUUUGGGGCCUGGUGGGAAGAGGGUCCUCUUACUAGUAGGACGGUGGCUGAGUUCGAUGCACACAUUGACGAGCGUGCAAAGUCGCAUUUCAUCGUCGCCAAGACCUUCCUACCAGUGCUUGCUAAGCAUGAAGGCUCUUCCUAUAUGUUCAUUACGGGCAUGUUUGGGGAGAGCUGUUCCAUGGCCGCUGCGUCCAUGCUGGCGAUAGCGGGUGCAUGUGUGUAUGGGAUUGCGCAGGCUGCACUGGCUGAGUUCCAGGGCUCGAAAGUCACUAUAAAUGAGAUGCGUAUUGGCCUCAUGGUACAGCCUAAGCUGACCAAAGACGUCCCAGCACCACAAGUAGGCCAUGAUUCUGUCGGCGAUCUGGUAAUUUCACUGGCACAGUCUCGUACUCCCGGCGUGGUAAAGAUUAUAAGUCGUGAUGACCUGAAAUCAAGGCUUGGUAAGAAUGCUGCAAAGUAUGGGUUUUAGAACCUUACGACGUGGAACCGGUAGUAAUCCAUCUAGAAAUACCGCCUCCCAUGCUCAUAUUAAACCAUGUCGCCAGUAUGCACUAAACGAUGAUGGUCAAUCAACUAUUUUAGUUCUUACAUAUGUUUUUUAUCAAUUAGUUUUUUUCCUUGUCAUUUCUUAAACCUUCUAUGUAAACCUUAUAAGAAAUAUAAACAUGUGUACAAAAUAUAAAACAAACAAAAUGACGGAACAAUUUAUUUUGUGAUGGAAGUUAUUACUGCUUUCCUGAGGACUUGUCUUCAUGCGUACAUGUACUAGUCAUAGCACGGGAUAUGGACAUGUACUAGUCAUAUCACGGGAUAUGGACAUGUACUAGUCAUAGCACGGGAUAUGGACAUGUACUAGUCAUAGCACGUGAUAUGGACAUGUACUAAUCAUAGCACAUGACACUCUUAUACUCAAAAAUGUUUGUAUUAGCAUAUCUGCUCAAGUCGCUUUUAUAGACUUUUUAGUAAAAAUAUUUUUUUAAAUACAGUUAAAUACUUUAAUUAACUGCAAUUGUUGUAUACAUGGUUACCAGACUGAAACAACAUCAAUAUACAAUAUUAAAACUUGUGUGAUUAUUAUUAAUAUUUAGCAGCAAAUGGUUACAACGUGAUGGAAAUGUUAAUUGCAAAUAAUUGUGUCAGUUAUAUAAAAGUAUUUAGAAAAAAAAAGGUUCAUGUAUCAAUAUAAACUAGUUUACCCCCAAAAAUGUUUUGUUAUAUUAUACCUUGCACUCAGACUAGAGUCUUGUUAUAUUAUACCUUACACUCAGACUACACUCAGACUAGAGUCUUGUUAUAUUAUACCUUACACUCAGACUAGAGUCUUGUUAUAUUAUACCUUACACUCAGACUAGAGUCUUGUUAUAUUAUACCUUACACUCAGACUAGAGUGUUGUUAAUUAUACCUUACACUCAGACUAGAUUUACUUUGGGCAGUUAACCUACACAUAUUGUGAUUUUCUAUUAAAAGCAUGUGCAAGAUUUUUUAAUGACAGGUUACAAUGUAUUGCUGAGAUUGUUAUAGUUACACUAACACAAUUUUACUUUCACAUUUUGGCAAGCAUAAUAUAAAAAUAACUCGCAAAACUAUUUUACUCGCAAUUUGCGAGUGCCAAAUUAGAGCCCUAAGUUGUCCUAGCAUGCUUGAACAUACGAGCUUAGCCUUCAAUUUGACAUUUUGGAAAUCUUACUCCUUUAUAUCAUUACCAGAAGAAGAUCAUCAAGAUCAAUUGAACAAAGUGCCUUGUCUAUGCAAUUGGUAUUGCUAUCAAUGUUUUGUAUGUAUGACAUAGUUUUGGUCUAUUUGCAACAAGCUACAUGCACAUACGAUCUAGUUAAUACAUAGAUGAUUAAAUUUGCAUAUACAUUAUAAGCAAUAAAAGCUUAAGAAUUUGUCACACAAGUAAUUAUGUACGUUGAAUAAAUUGCAAUAACAUUACCUACCUAAAUGUUUUGAUUGUUUUGUAAUAAAGAUAUCAAAUUGGUA